UGUGCCACAGCACUGGCUCCCAGANNNAUUGCAGAUGCACUUUUGGAGAAAGCCACUAUUUCUUUCAGUGAAUGCUUUAUCCAAGUUUUUACGUGCCAUUUUUUUGGCUGCCUGGAGAUCUUCAUCCUUGUCCUCAUGGCUGCUGACCGCUAUGUGGCCAUCUGUAAGCCCUUGUACUACACGACCAUCAUGAGCCCCCAGGUCUGUACCAUCUUGGUGGCCUUAGCCUGGGUGGGGUCCUGUGUGCAUUCUUCAGCUCAGAUUUCCCUUGUCUUGAGUUUACCUUUCUGUGGGCCUAAUGUGAUUGAUCACUAUUUCUGUGACUUGCAGCCCUUGUUGAAGCUCGCCUGUGCAGACACCUAUGUGAUCAACCUACUCCUGGUGUCCAAUGGUGGGGCCAUUUGCACAGUGAGCUUUUUCAUGCUGAUGUUCUCCUAUGUGAUCAUCCUACAUUCUCUGAGGAACCACAGCGCUGAAGGGAGGAGAAAAGCCCUCUCUACCUGCAUCUCUCACAUCAUUGUGGUCAUCCUGUUCUUUGUUCCUUGCAUGUUCAUAUACACACGUCCUAACACCACUUUCCCUAUAGACAAAAUGAUAACAGUGUUUUUUACAAUUGGAACACCUUUUCUGAACCCUCUGAUUUAUACACUGAGAAAUGCAGAAGUGAAAAAUGCCAUGAAGAGAUUGUGGAGCAAGAAGUUGGUCUCAGAUGACACAAGAUGA